CCCAGCGUUUCUCUGGAGGGAAGCUGGGGAGGCUUUGGCGACUUGGAAGUUUGGAACUUUAAAUUUACUGGAUUCGGGCAAAUCACAAAGUCGGGACUAUCAGUUUCAGACCCUAGUGGAGGUCAAGUGAGGCCUCCUUACUGUCAGGAAAUACUGCGGGAAUCUUUUACUGAACCUCUAAAACCGUCCCAAAAUGACGGAGGUUGUGGAGGAAUAUGAGGAAUUUGAGGAGGAGGAGGAGGAAGAGGAGGAAUAUGAGGAGGAGAUCGUGGAAGAGUAUGUUGAGCAGACAACAGCGUCGACUGUGACUGAGCACAGCACUCAGUUCCUACAGUCUGGCUUGCCCACCAGGAAAGUCAGGAAGAGGGUCAAGGUGGAUACUUCCAAGUUCAUGACUCCGUACCUGGCUCACAGCCAGAAGAUGCUGGAGCAGUACAGCCACAACAAGUACCGGCAUGCGUAUGACUUGUCCCGAGGAACUCCUCCUUCCAUCAUCACUGACAGCCCUGAGCUGAUUCGCAUCAGGAAGGCCCAGGAGCAGCUGAGUGAGGUUAAAUACCGCAUGGAGGGAAAUAAGUCUCGUACAACUAGUAUGUACGAUGGAGAGGCCAGAGAGAUUGCCCACGUCAAGCAUGUGUCUGACCUGAUCAGCAAGGUUCUGUACAGGCAGAAGUGGGAUGAGACGAAGGAUCGGUACCUGCUGCCUCCUGAUGCUCCUGAGCUCGUUCUGGCUGUGAAGAAUGCUGCCAACUACAGCAAAAAACUGUACACCGAGGCCUGGGACGAAGAGAAGACCAUGUUCUACCCGUACAGUGACAGCCCAGAGCUGCGCAGGGUGGCCAAGGCUCAGGAGGUCCUCAGCGAUAUUCACUACAAGAAGGGUCACGAUCAGCGCAAGGCCAAGUACACCUCCCUGGCUGAUCCUCCGGAAGUGGAGCUGGCCAGGAGAGUGAACAACCAGCGCAGUGAUCUCAAGUACAAGGAAGAUUACAACAAAAAUGUGAAGGGUCAAUGGUGUGAGACUCCCUACUUCGACGUGGCCACUGCCAGGGUGGCGAUGGACAACUUUAGCAAUAGAAAAUACACGCAAGAAUUUGAGGAUAUAAAAGACCAAAUUUAUUUCAUGCAAACCGACACGCCGGUGUACGACACAAACAAGAAGGCUCGCAUUGCUGCUAGUGAGGUCCAAUACAAGAAGCAAUAUGAGAAAUCAAAGGCACAGGCUGAUUACAACACGCUCCCCGCCACUGAGAAUCCUCUCCUCCGACAACUCAGAUACGCUGGAAACAUCCUCAGUGAUAAAGUGUAUAAGGCCAGCUAUGAGAAAUCCAAGGGUUUCAGCAUCAACUACUGUGACACGCCCAAGUUUCAGAUGGACUCCGUACUUAAACAGUUCACUGGGAACCAUUACAAAGACAAGUAUGAAAAUGAGGUGAAGGGCCACUACAUUGGAAGCUAUGAAGAUCUCUAUAUGCUUCACUGCCAGAAAGUUGAGGAAAUGAAGAACGAGCAAAUGUAUAAAGCUGAAUAUGAAGACAUUAAAACACGAUGCUUCUUCCCUCAAACGAUUACGCCUGAGUAUGAGGCUUCGAAGAAGCUUCAUCAGUGUGUUGAUAAAGUUUACCGGCAACAUCCAGGCACUGUGAAAUUUACACAAGUGGUGGAUUCCCCAGUUCAGGUUCAAGCCGCCAUCAACGCCAAACAGCUAAGUGAUUUGAACUAUAAGGCAAAGUAUGAGGAAACCAAGUGCAAGAAUAGUCUGCCCCCGGAUUAUCCCUUCUUCAUCCAGUCCAGAGUUAACGCCUUUAACCUCAGUGAUAACUGUUAUAAGUACGAUUGGGAGAAAUCCAAAGCAAAAAAGUUCGAGGUCAAGGGUGAUGCCAUCUCGAUCCUUGCUGCCCGUGCUCACACAAACAUAGCCAGUGACGUGAAAUAUAAAAAGGAGUACGAGAAGAACAAGGGACAGAUGGUUGGAGCCCUCAGCAUCAACGACGAUCCCAAGAUCUUACACUCCGUUCACGUCGCCAACAUCCAGAGUGAUCGCAAUUAUAAAAAGGACUAUGAAAAGAUUAAAACCAAGUACCAUACACCUCUGGACAUGAUGUCAGUCACCUUGGCUAAGAAAUCCCAGGCGAUUGCCAGCAUGGCUGGAUAUAGGAAAAUCAACCCCAACUACUUCCUGCCCUAUGACAGUGUGCUGCUGGAUCUGGCCAAGAAAGCCAACAUCAUCCAGAGUGACAACGGUUACAAGUCUGACUACAACUCCUACACCAAGGGUACACCAUGGGUCCCCUUUGGCUCUAUGGGGGUGGAAACCGCAAAGAAAGCGGCAGAGAUCCUCAGUGAGAAAAAAUACAGACAACACCCAGACACCUUUAAAUUCACUUCGAUCGAUGACCAUCCUACCAUGAUGCAGGCCAAAGUGAACCAGCUUCAGAGGAGUGACCUGUUCUACAAGAGAGGUCUCGAGGAGAUUCAUCAGAAGUAUUCUCUGCCUCCUGAUGUCCCUGAGUUCCUCCAGGCCAAGUGCAAUGCCUACAACAUCAGCAAGAAUACCUACAAGCUUGCCUGGCAGGAGAGAAUUGCCAAAGGUUAUGACAUGAGGAAUGAUGCUAUCUCUGUGAUCGCUGCCAAAGCUGCCAGACAUGCGGCCAGCGAUGUCCAAUAUAAAAAGGCCUACGAGAAGGCCAGAGGCCACCAUGUUGGCUUCCGCAGCCUCCAGGACGAUCCUCUGCUGGUUCACUACAUGGAGGUGGCCAAGCUGCAGAGUGACAAGAACUACAAGAAGGACUACCACAAGGCCAAGCUGAAGUAUCACACCCCAGUGGACAUGAUGAGUUUGGCUCAUGCAAAACAUGCCUCAUUGGUGCAGACCUUUGCUGGUUACAAGCAGCACAACCAUAACUACUGUCUUCUGCCUGGUUCUAUGAGUCUGGACCUCGCUCGCAACAUGAACUUCAAUGCCAGUGAUUAUAACUAUAAAAUGGAUUACGAGGUCGGAGUUAAGGGAACUGGCUGGAUUCCCAUUGGUUCCCUGGAGGUGGAGAAAGCCAAAACAGCAGCUGCAGCUCUGGAUGAGAGGAAGUAUCGUCAACACCCUGACACCCUCAAAUUCACCAGUCCUUAUGACUCCAUGAGCAUGGAGCUGGCCAAGACCAACUCCAAGAUCCUGAAUAUGAAAGAGUACAAGGCCAGUGGAGAGAAGUUCAUGCACACUUACCAUCUCCCUGCUGAUGCCCCUGAACUGAUGCAAGCCAGAUACAACGCUGUCAACAUCAGCAAGAAUUGCUACACCUAUGAACAUCGUCAAGAUCUGCUCAAAGGACAUCACGUGAAGGAAGAUUCUAUUCCUAUAAUUGCUGCAAAAUCUUCCAGGGACAUUGCCAGCAAUUACAAGUACAAGCUGGCUUACGAGAAGGCCAGAGGCCACCAUGUUGGCUUCCGCAGCCUCCAGGACGAUCCUCUGCUGGUUCACUACAUGGCUGUGGCUAAGAUGCAGAGUGAGAAGAACUACAAGAAGGACUACCACAAGGCCAAGCUGAAGUAUCACACCCCAGUGGACAUGAUGAGCGUGGUCCAGGCCAAGCAUGCCUCAACUGUUCAGACUAUGGCUGGAUACAGAAAGAUCCCUCACAGCUUCAUUCUCCUGCCUGACAACUUGCACCUUCAGCGGUGUCGCAACAUGAUGGAGAUUCAGAGCGAUAAUCUGUACAAGUCAGAUUAUAGCAACUUCUCCAAAGGCACAGGAUGGAUUCCUAUUGGUUCUCUGGAUGUUGAGAAGGCCAAAACUGCUAGCGCUGCAUUGGAUGAAAGAAGCUACCGCCAGCAUCCCAGCUCUCUGAAAUUCACAAGCAAGAUCGAUGCCAUGAACAUGACUCUGGCUAUUUCCAACUCAAAGCAGCUGAACCAUGCUGCAUACAAAGCUUCUGGUGAGAAGUUCAUGCACACUUAUCAUCUGCCUGCUGACAGCCCCGAGUUCCUCCAGGCUAAGUUCAAUGCCCAGACCGUUAGUGAGAGUCACUACAGGCACAAGUGGCUGGAAGAUAUUGCUAAGGGAUACGACAUGAAGCCUGACGCUAUUUCUAUCCUGCAUGCCAAGCAAGGCAGACAUAUUGCCAGCAAUGUCCAAUACAAGAAAGAAUAUGAGAAGGCCAGAGGCCACCAUGUUGGCUUCCGCAGCCUCCAGGACGAUCCUCUGCUGGUCCACUACAUGGAGGUGGCUAAGCUGCAGAGCGACAAGAACUACAAGAAGGACUACCACAAGGCCAAGCUGAAGUAUCACACCCCAGUGGACAUGUCUGAAUGGAACAACUACAUCAGAGGUAUUGGAUGGGUCCCUAUUGGUUCAAUUGGAGUUGAGACUGCCAAGGUUGGUGGUCAGAUUCUGAGUGAACACAAGUACCGCACUCAUCCAUCCAACUUCAAGUUCAAGAAGCUGAUGGACUCCAUGGACUUGUCUCUGGCUACUGCCAACAACCAGAUCAUGAACAAGAAAGCAUACACUGCAGCUUGGGAUACGGACAAACGCACAGUCCACAUCAUGCCAGAUUCUCCUGAGAUCGUUCUGGCCAAGGCUAAUGCCCUCAACAUGAGUAAUAAACUUUACAAAGCCGGUGUUGUGGCGAUGGCCAAUAAGGGCCACAACCUUAAGGGAGAUGCCAUUUCAAUUAUUGCUGCCAAGUCUGGUACCACUAUUGCCAGUAAUUACAAGUACAAGCUGGCUUACGAGAAGGCCAGAGGCCACCAUGUUGGCUUCCGCAGCAUCCAGGACGAUCCUCUGCUGGUUCACUACAUGGAGGUGGCUAAGCUGCAGAGCGACAAGAACUAUAAGAAGGACUACCACAAGGCCAAGCUGAAGUAUCACACCCCAGUGGACAUGAUGAGUGUGGUCCAGGCCAAGAAGGCCUCUGCUGUUCAAACCAUGGCUGGAUACAAGCAGAUUACCUCCCACUACACCGUGCUGCCUGAUGCCAUGAACCUGCAACUGGCUCGUAACAUGCAGUUCAUUGCAAGUGAUAACCAGUACAAGAGUGAAUAUGAAAGCUUCAUAAAGGGAAUAGGAUGGGUUCCUAUUGGUUCACUGGAUGUUGAGAGGGCAAGAAUAGCCAACCGGAUCUUCAGUGAGAAACAAUAUCGUCAGAGUCCUUCCAACUUGAAAUUCACCAAAGACAUGCAAUCAAUGGAUGUGGCACUGGCCACUGCCAACAACCAGAUUAUGGAUAAGAAAUCAUACCUCAAAGCCUGGGAGAAGGACAAGACUUCGAUCCACAUCAUGCCUGAUGCAAUGGACAUUGUUCUGGCCAGAGGCAACAAGAAAAACUUCAGUGAGAAACUGUACAAAUUGGACAAUGAGCUGUCCAAGAAGAAGGGCCAUCAUCUUCGUGGUGAUGCCAUUGCAGUCCAGGCUGCUAAGGCCUCCACCGUUAUCGCUAGUGAUUACAAGUACAAGACAGGAUACCGUAAGCAGGUCGGCCACCACAUCGGUGCUCGCUGCGUUCAGGACGACCCUCUGCUCAUGCUGGCUCUGAACUCAGCAAGGAUUGCCAGUGAUGCUCUGUACAAGAAGGACUUCAACAAGUCCAAGACCAAGUUCAACCUGCCAGUGGACAUGAUGGCAUUUGAACUGGCCAAGAAGAACCAGAUCCAGGUCAACCAUGCCAACUACAUCACCCGUUUGCACAACUGGACUUGCCUGCCAGACUCCAACGAUGUCGUCCAGGCCAGACUUGCUUAUGACAUCCAGAGUGAUAAUGUUUACAAGGAGGAUCAGARAAYKAUGCAGGGUAUUGGAUGGGUGCCUAUAGGUUCACUGGAUGUUGAGAAAGCAAAGAAAGCUGGUGAGAUCCUGAGUGAAAGAGGGUAUCGUCAGCCCCCAAGCGACUUCAAGUUCAAGAUCACCACUGAGGACAUGCCCAUGGCUCUGGCUAAGGCCAAUGCUGAUGUUAUGAACAAGCGUCUCUACAUCGAUGCAUGGGAGAAGGACAAGGUCAAGCUGCACAUCAAACCUGACACUCCUGAAAUCAUCCUGUCUCAACAGAAUGCUAUCAACAUGAGCAAGAAACUAUACAGACAAGGCUUUGAGGAAGCAAUUAGCAAGGGCUAUUUCCUCCCUCCGGAUGCAAUCUCUGUCAAGUCUGCUAAGGCCUCAAGGGACAUUGUCAGCGAUUACAAGUACAAGGUGGGAUACCGUAAGCAGCUCGGCCACCACAUCGGUGCUCGCUGCGUGCAGGACGACCCUCUGACCGUGCUGGCUCUGAACUCAGGCAAGAUUGCCAGUGAGGUUCUGUACAAGAAGGACUUUAACAAGUCCAAGACCAAGUUCCACCUGCCAGUAGAUAUGCUGAGCCUUGAAUUGGCCAAGAAAUGCCAGAUUCAGGUCAAUCACGCCAACUACAUCACCAGGCUGCACCAGUGGACUUGCCUGCCAGACUCCAACGAUGUCGUACAGGCCAGGAAAGCCUAUGACCUACAGAGUGAUGCUGUUUACAAAGCCGACAUGGAUGAGGUUGUAGGUGUGGGAUGGAUCCCCAUUGGUUCGCUGGAUGUGUUGAAAGCCAAGAAUGCUGCAAAUAUCCUCAAUGAACGUCUCUACAGGCAGAAACCAGAAACACUGAAGUAUAAGACUGACAUGACCUCCAUGCCCAUGGUCUUAGCCAAAACAAAUGCUGAUAUCAUCAACAAGAAAAACUACAUAGCGGCUUGGGAGGCUGAGAAGAUUAAGACUCAUGUGAUCCCUGACAUGCCUGAGAUGUUGCUUUCCAAAGCCAAUGCAUACAACAUCAGCAAGAAACUCUACAGGGAAGGUGUUGAGGAGAUGUUCAGAAAGGGCUAUGACCUCAAGGCCGAUGCUGUCUCUGUUAUUGCUGCCAAACGAGGAAGAGAAAUUAUCAGCGAUUACAAAUACAAGACAGGAUACCGCAAGCAGGUGGGCCACCACAUCGGGGCCCUCAGUGUCCAUGAUGACCCUCUGAUUGUGCUGGCUAUGAACUCUGCCAAGAUUGCUAGUGACGCUCUGUACAAGAAGGACUUCAACAAGUCCAAGACAAAGUUCCACCUGCCUGUGGACAUGCUGAAUCUUGAACUGGCCAAGAAAUGCCAGAUCCAGGUCAAUGACUUCAACUACAGGACUCACCUGCACAACUGGACCUGCCUGCCAGACUCCAACGAUGUGGUCCAGGCCAGAAAGGCAUAUGACCUGCAGAGUGACGCUGUGUACAAGGCUGACAUGGAAUGGGUCAAGGGGACUGGUUGGGUGCCAAUAGGGUCAGUUGAUGUGGAAAAGGCCAAGAAAGCAGCAGAGAUCCUCAGUGAGAUUAAAUACCGUCAGCAUCCUAAAAACUUCAGCUUCACUGCCAAGACAUGUGACAUGCCAUAUGCCCUUGCUCAGGCCAAUGCCCAGAUCAUGGAUAAGAAAGCUUAUGUUGCUGCCUGGGAGAAUGAUAAGACCAACCUUCACGUCAUGCCUGACACCCCAGAGAUCGUCCUGGCCAAACAGAAUAAACUCAACACCAGUCUGAAAUAUUAUCGUGAAGGUUACAUGGACACCAUCAACAAGGGCUACUACCUGCCCAAAGAUGCAAUUUCUGUUUUGUCUGCCAGAGCUUCCAGAGACAUCGUCAGCGAUUACAAAUACAAGGCUGGUUUCCGCAAGCAGUGUGGCCAUCACAUAGGUGCCCUAAGUGUAAAUGAUGACCCGUUGAUUAUGUUGGCUGCACACGCAGCCAAGAUCUCCAGUGACAACAUCUAUAAGAAGGACUUCAACAAGACCAAGACCAAGUACAACCUUCCACCGGAUAUGCUGACACUUGAACUGGCCAAAAAGUGCCAGCAGCAAGUGAACGACUUCAACUACAGAACUCACUUGCACCAAUGGACAUGCCUGCCAGACUCCAGUGAUGUAGUCCAGGCUAGAAAGGUCUACGACUUGCAGAGUGAUGCCGUGUACAGAGCUGAUCUGGAGUGGCUGAGAGGAUGUGGCUGGUCACCUCAGGACUCUGUAGACGUCAUCAAAGCAAGAAACGCCCAGGCUAUUCUCAACGAGACGCUUUACCGCCAGCCACCCAGCACUGUCAAGUUCACCAGCGUCGUGGACCUCCCAGCUAUCGUCCUGUCCAAGCAAAACGCUGACAAUAUAAGUGAUUGGAAAUAUAGGGAAGUCUGGGAUAAGGACAAGCUCAGCAUUCACAUACCACCUGACACCCCCACCUUUGAACUGUCCAAGGCCAAUGCCAUCAAUAUCAGCAAUAAAUUGUACACUAAGACGUGGGAUGACCAGAAGGCCAAAGGCUACCACAUCAAGGAGGAUGCUAUUGCUGUGCUGAAGGCUAGAGCUUCCAGAGACAUCGUCAGUGAUUACAAGUACAAGACAGCAUACCGCAAGCAGCUCGGCCACCACAUUGGUGCUCGCUGCGUGGAAGACGACCCUCUGAUCAUGCUGGCUAUGAACUCAGCCAAGAUUGCCAGCGAUGCCUUGUACAAGAAGGACUUUAACAAGUCCAAGACCAAGUUCAACCUGCCAGUGGACAUGUUAACACUUGAGCUGGCCAAGAAAUGCCAGAUCCAAGUCAACGACUUCAAUUAUAGAACCCUUUUGCACCAGUGGACUUGUCUGCCAGACUCCACCGAUGUGGUCCAGGCUAGAAAGGCCUACGAUCUCCAAAGUGAUGCUGUGUACAAAGCUGACAUGGAAUGGAUACGUGGAUGUGGGUGGGUGCCACAUGAGUGUGUGGACGUUAUAAAGGUGAAGAACGCACAGAAGAUUCUAGCUGAAAGAGGCUACCGUGUCAAGUUGGAUGACCAGAAAUUCACAGUUCCAACUGACAGAGUCGACUUGAUCUGUGCCAAGAAUGCUGCUGAUGUCCUGAACGAGGCCAAAUAUCGUGAAGCCUGGCACCAGGACAAGACCAAGUACUCAUUGGUGGACACUCCACUUCUUGCCACAGCCAGAGAAGUGGCUAAGAACAUUCACCCUAAACUUUACACCAAAGCAUGGGACCAGGUUAAAGCCACAGGGUACUUCAUGCCUGGAGAUGCUGUGCCAAUCAAGCAGUGCAUCUCGACAACUAAAGUGCAGAGUAAACACAAAUACCUCGAGUCAUACCGCAAGCAGCUCGGCCACCACAUUGGUGCCCGCUGCGUGGAAGACGACCCUCUCAUCAUGCUGGCUCUGAACUCAGCCAGGAUUGCCAGUGAUGCCUUGUACAAGAAGGACUUCAACAGGUCCAAGACCAAGUACAAACUGCCAGUGGACAUGCUUCAGUUUGAAUUGGCCAAGAAAUGCCAGAUCCAAGUCAACGACGACCGCUACAGAACUCGUCUGCACCAGUGGACUUGUAUGCCGGACCAAAACGAUGUCAUCCAGGCCCGCAAAGCAUAUGAACUUCAGAGUGAUAACAUUUACAAGGCUGACCUGGAAUGGAUCCGUGGCUGUGGAUGGAUGGCAGCUGAAUCUGUUGACCACGUCAAGGUCAAGAAGGCCCAGGAGAUUCUGAACGAAAGACAUUACAAGAAGAGCGCCAAAGACGCCUUUGGAAAAUUCACCCUGAUUGUUGACCGACCCGAGAUCAUCCUGGCAAAAAUAAAUGCUGCCAACCUCAGUGAUCUGAAAUACAAAGAAACAUUCAAUGCAGAGAAGGGUAUUUACAUUGGUUCAGAGGACACUCCUCAACUGGCCCAUAGCAGGGAGGUGGCGAAGAUCAUCAGUGAGAAACACUACAAACAACAAUGGGAUGACUCCAAGGCUACAGGUUACCAGCUGAACCAUGAAUACAUCCCACUUCUUAGCGGCAAGAAGGGCAGGGAGAUCGCUAGUGAUGUCAAGUACAAGGAUUCCCAUGAGAAGGCCAAGGGUCACUACAUGGCAGGAACCCUGGUUGAUUUCCCUGAGGUGAUGCGCUGUGGACAGCAGGAGAAGAACAAGGGACUGAGGCUCUACCAGCAGGCUUACCAUCAAAGCAAGACCAAGACUCACCUCCCACCCAACGUCAUUGCUAACCAAGUUGCUAAAAGGUGCCAGGAUAUGUUGAGUGACGUCCUCUACCGCACCUACCUGCACCAGUGGACUUGUCAUCCCGAGCAGGAGGAUGCCAUUCGUGCCCGCAAGACCAACGAGAUUCUCAGUGAUGUGUUCUACAAGGAAGACCUGAACUGGAUGAGGGGGAUUGGCUGCUAUGUCUGGGACACACCUGAGAUUGUUCGUGCCAAGAAGUCCUACGAGCUGCAGAGUGAACUGAAAUACAGAGAUGAAGCCAAGAAAGAAUUCAACAAUUACUCCAUUGUAACAGACACCCCAGCUUAUGUGACUGCUGUUCUGGGUCACACCUGGGCCAGUGACCUAAACUAUAGGGAGGCUUAUCACAAGGAGAAGCACCUGUACACCACCGUUCUGGAUACCUACGACUAUGCCAAGUGCCACAACUUCAAACACUUCUUCAGCAACAAAAACUACACCGCCGCGUGGGACAAAAUCAAAGACAAGAGCUACCAGAUUCCACAUGACUCACAUGCCUUGCAACACGCCAAACAACAGAAGGUCAUUCUGAGCAACGUGAAGUACAAGGAGGACUAUGAGAAGUUCAAAUCCCUCUACAGUCUGCCCAAGUCUCUUGAGGACGAUCCUUCAACUGCUCGCUGCGUCAAAGCUGGAAAGCUGGUCCUAGACCGUCUGUACAAGGAGAACUAUGAGAAGACCAAGGCCAAGAAUCACAUCCCACCUGACAUGCUGGAGAUCGUGUCUGCCCGCAACACCCAGUCCACCGUCAGCGGCAUCCACUACCGCAAGUAUCUUCACCAGUGGAUAUGUCUUCCUGACAUGCAGGUGUACACCCAAGCCCGCAAGGUCAACGAGCAACUCAGCGACAUCUUCUACAAGGAUGAUCUCAACUGGCUGAAGGGUAUCGGCUGCUAUGCCUGGGAUACACCAGAGAUCCUUCGCGUCAAGCACGCCGAUGAUCUGCAGAGUGAGAACAAGUACAGAGCUAAAGGCAUUGAGGCUUUCAAGGACUACUCAGUGGUGACAGAUACCCCCGUGUAUGAGACGGCCAAGCAGAAUGCUCAGAACCUGAGCGAUCUGCACUACCGCUAUGACUACAAUGCUAAUGUCAAGGGAACAAACACUGCUCCUGCUGUUACCAUCGAGACAGAAAGAGCACGUCUGGCAAACCACAUCCAGAGCGAUAACUGGUACAAAGAGGCUAACAAGACCUCCAUGCCGACCGGUUACUCCCUGCCCUACGACACGCCGCUCAUCAAGCAGGUUAAGCUGAACAGCACCGUCACCAGCAAUGUGAAGUACAAGGAGGCCUAUGAGAUGAUGAAGGCAAAGUCCUACACUCUUCAUCCAGAGGGGGUCAACUUUGUCAACGCAAGGAAAGCUCACAAGAUCGUCAAUGAUCGUCUGUAUCGUGAGGAGUACCAGCACAAGAAGGACAAGAUCCACACAACCUACGACACCCCUGAUAUCAAACAAGUCAAGAUGAACCAACAGAACCUCAGCGACUUGUGCUACAAAGAGAAAUACUACAACACCAGAGGCCAGCAUAUCUCUUUGCCGAUCACACCUCAGCUGAUGCACUGCGCCCACGUCAAUGACAUCACCAGCGAGCUGAAAUACAAAGAGGAUCUGAUGUGGCUCAGAGGCGUUGGCUGCUUCUUGUACAACACCCCAGAGAUGGUGCAUGUCCGCAACAUCACCAAGUUCAGGGUGGACUAUCCAGUGGAGGCCAAGAAGAACCUUGCCAACUACUCUGUUGUCCUCGAAACUCCCGAGUACAAGCGUGUGAAUGAGCUCAAGACCCACAUGAGCAACCUGAUCUACAAAGCCCAGAGCAAGGAGGACAUGGCAAAGGUCACCACCACUGCAGAUGCUGUUGACAUCCAGAGAGCUAAAUGGGCCCAGCAGCUGACCAACAAGUACAAGUACACAGAUCUGGCCGCUAAGGAGAGAUGUCACUUUACUCAAGAAAGUGACACUCCAAACAUGGGCCAUGCUAGAAAAAUGAAAGUUGUCUACAGUGAUAUCAAGUACAAAGAGCAGUAUGAGAAGAUGAAGUACAGGUACACUGCCAUCGCUGAUACACCUCUGUUGAUCCGUGCCAAGAAAGCCUACCUCCAGUCCAGCGAUCUUCGCUACAAGGAGACCUUUGAGCUCUCCAAGGGACACUACCGCACAGUCAAGGACGCUCUGAACAUCUCCUACCACCGCAGAGUCACUGAUGACAUCAGCGAGGUUAAAUACAGGGAGAAGUACAUCGACUCUCUGGGGACAUGGAAGUCCAUCCCCGACCGUCCUGAGUUCUUCUUCAGCAAAAUUGCCAAUGACAACGUCAGCAGCGUCAAGUACAAGGAGGACCUGGAAUGGCUGAAAGGUAUUGGCUGCUUCGUGUGGGACACACCUGAACUGGUGCAGGCUGAGAGGAACAAGACACUGUACAGUGAGAGACUGUACAAAGCCUCCUUUGAGAAGAACAGAGGCAACUUCAAGUACAGCAGCGACACGCCCUUCUUCCAGGCCGCCAAGCACGCCUCCACUCUCAUUAACGAUAGGGUGUACAAAGCUAAUUAUGAGAAGACCAGGGAUAAGUUCACCAUUACUACAGAUGAUCCUAGAUACCAGCUGGCCAGGGAGAACAGGAAGAUGAGCCAGUGGAGAUACAGGGAGCAGUAUGAGCGUGCCAAGGACAAGUUCACUUCUAUUCUGGAGACUCCCGAGUAUGAGGCCCACAAACGCAGCAAGAAGAUCACUGAUAUCGUCUACAAGAUGGAACACAACAAGACCAAGGCUAAGGGCUACACCUUGCCUUUUGACACACCACACCAGCAGCACAUGAAGAAGGUCAAGGACAUCACCAGCAAUCUGAAGUACAAAGAGGUGUACGAGAGGAGCAAGGCUCAGAUCAACAUCGACCCGGAGGCUCAUGAGAUUCGUGCUGCCAAGGAGGCUUACAAGAACAUCAGCAAUCUUACCUACAGGAAAAAGUAUGAAGCCACCAAGAACAAAUGGAUAUGGACAACGGACAGACCUGACUUCCUCAAUAAUGCCAAGAACUCCAUGCAACAGAGUGACGUUGAGUACAAGUAUGACAAAGAGAUGCUCAAGGGCUGUGUGAUUCCUGUAGUGGAUGACAAGUUAACCCUCCUGUGCAUGAGAAAUGCUGAGAUGGCCAGUGAUGUGAAAUACAAAGAGAAGUACGAGAAGGCGAAGGGUCAUUACGUGCCCGUCAAUGACACUCCUCAGAUCCUCCAUGCCAAGUCUGUGCGAUCUCUGGUAUCAGAGAGCAAAUACAAGGCGGCCAGUAAGAAGGUGAUGCAGUCGGGCUCGUUCACUACCCUGCCCGAGACUCGCGACACGGCCCACAGCAAGGAGAUCAACAAGCUUGUCAGCGGGAAACUGUAUAAAGCAAAGUAUGAGAAGGAUAAGGGCAAGUCAGAGUACAACCUCAUGAGCGUUCCACCUGAUGUCAAGCAUGCCAUCGACGUGGCCAAGAGCCAGAGCAGUAUUGCUUAUAAGAAGGACGCCAAAGCCAACCUCCACUACACCUCUGUAGUUGACCGUCCUGACAUAAGGAAGGCCACCCAGGCUUCCAAACUCAUCAGUGAGAUCGGCUACCGUGACAAGGCCCGCGAGGCGGCGAGCCGUGGAGGUUCUCUGGCCCACCGCCCAGACAUCGCUCUGGCCACUGAAGUGUCCAAGCUGAACAGCCAGGUGGAGGCCAAGACCUCCCUCCAUGGAGCCGCUUCCUAUGAUACACCCCAGAUGCGCCACAUUAAGAAAAUGAGUGCCGUGACUAGUGAUUUGAAGUACAAGGAGAAGUUUGACAAGGAGAUGAAAGGAAAGAAACCACAGUACGACCUGAAGGAUAGUAAGAUUUACAAGACUCUGAAGGAUGCCAACGUGCUGGCUAGUGAGGUGAAGUACAAGGGUGACCUGAAGAAGAUCCACAAGCCUGUGACCGACAUGGCCGAGUCUCUGUCCAUGCAGCACAACCUGAGCACCAGCAAACUGUCCAGCAGCGUGAAAUAUAAGGAGAAGUAUGAGAAGGAGAAGGGUAAGGCCAUGCUGGACUUCGAGACACCCACAUAUGUGACGGCUAAGGAGGCCCAGCACAUGCAGAGCCAGAAAGAAUACAGGAGGGAUCUAGAAGAGGGUGUGAAGGGUAAAGGUCUAACUGCACUGGAGGAAACUCCGGAACUUUUGAGAGCAAGGAAUGCAACUCAUAUCCUGUGUGAGAGAGAGUACAAGAAGUCGCUGGAGCAGGAGAUCAAGGGCAAGGGAAUGUUGGCUUUGGCUACGGACACCCCCGACUUCAUGAGGGCCAGGAACGCCACUGACAUCCUCAGCCAGACUAAGUACAAGCACACUGCUGAGAUGGAUAGAGCCAGCUACACAUCCGUCAUCGACACCCCUGACAUCAUCCAUGCUCAGCAGAUGAGGAACAUUAUCAGCCAGAAAAAGUACAAAGAGGACGCUGAGAAGACGAUGUCUCACUAUGUGCCGGUCCUGGACACUCCGGAGAUGCAGAGAGUUCGUGAGAACCAGAAGAACUUCAGCACUCUUCAAUACCAGAUUGACCUUAAAAACAUAAAGGGCAAAGUGUCUUCUGUAAAGGACACUCCCGAAAUGCUCCGUGUUAAAGAGAAUACAAAGAAUUUCAGCUUGAUUCAGUACAAGGAUUCCCCUGGUCAAGGCACAGCCAUACCAGAUCUCCCCGAGAUGAAGCGGGUCAGAGAAACCCAGAAGAAUAUCAGCUCGCUUCAGUACAAGGAAGGAGUGGGACAAGGCACGUCAGUAUCAGAGACCCCAGAGAUGGAGAGAGUCAAACGCAAUCAGCAAAAUAUUAGCACGAUAAAAUACAAGGACUCUAUGGGUCGAGGCACAGCUAUACCGGACCUCCCUGAGGUGCAGCGGGUCAAACAAACCCAGAAGCACAUCAGCUCGGUUUUGUAUAAAGACAGUUCCGCCAAGGGAACUCCUGUGGUGUUCACUCCAGAGAUGGAGCGAGUCAAAAGGAACCAAGAAAACAUUAGCUCGGUGCUGUACUCCGACAGCUUCCGUAAGCAGGUCCAGGGCAAAGCUGCCUUCGUCCUGGACACACCUGAGAUGAGGCGCGUCAGGGAGACCCAGCGCAUCAUCUCCGGGGUGAGAUACCACGAGGACUUUGAGAAAAGCAAGGGCAGCUUCACUCCCACCACCUCCGACCCUGUGAUCGAACGCGUGAAGAAGAACACUCAGGACUUCAGCGACAUCAACUACCGCGGCAUCCAGAGGCGUGUGGUGGAGAUGGAGAGGAGACGCGCCAUCGAGCACGACCAGGAGACCAUCACCGAUCUGCGUGUGUGGCGCACAAACCCCGGCUCUGUGUUUGACUACGACCCCGCUGAGGACAACAUCCAGUCCAGGAGUCUGCACAUGAUGUCAGUUCAAGCUCAGCGUCGCAGCAAGGAACACUCCCGCUCCACCAGCGCUUUGAGCGGCGUGGGCGACGAGAAGUCCGAGGUGUCCCAGGACGCCGACCACCACGUGUCCCUCUAUAGCAACGGCUUCAUGGCCUCCUCUAUCGGAUACCAGCAAGCUAAGACUGUGGAGCUGCAGCAGAGGUCUUCAUCAGUGGCCACCCAGCAGACCACAGUGUCCUCCGUCCCCUCACACCCCUCCACCACUGGAAAAACCGUGCGUGCCAUAUACGACUACGGUGCAGCCGACAGCGACGAGGUCUCCUUCAAGGACGGCGACGUCAUCGUUAACGUGCAGUCCAUUGACGAGGGCUGGAUGUACGGCACCGUGCAGCGCACCGGCAAGACCGGCAUGCUGCCCGCCAACUACGUGGAAGCAGUUUAAAGACGAAGAUUUCGAGCCCGUCCACCGUCCCUGUGGGCGAGACGCAUCUACGGGGCGAACUGAGGCUUAGUGCAACGUGUAGCUUUUAGUUUUAGAUCUGUACCUGAACUGUGUUUGUAAGUCUGUUCUCAUUCAUAUGCUGCCGCCCCUGUUGCCCGUGGAUGUGACAUAAACAUAUAAAUACUUCUGAUUAUACAUACCAUGCCUCCUAUGAACGUCAGACUAUUUUAGAUUGUUGACCUGCUCUGAGACGCUGCCUUGGAAAAGCAAGAGACCCUAACAUACGUCCUGGCCCUUUAUUUUGUAAAUUAAAAAAAAAAAAAAAAGUAAUAAUAUAUAUUUAAAACAUAUUUUUUGUUUGUCCUCAAAAAGAAAAACCGAUGGGCUCUAGUAGUUCUCAGUUUUAGUUUUAAUGGAAGUUCUCUGGAGAGAAAGAAGGAAAUGAUGAGAUUAAAAAGAAACGAACAAGGAGUCAGUUAACAUCUACCUCCUCCAUGAUGAAGCCACUCCUGAAGAGUUGCAUGAGACGAGCCUCAGUCUUCCCUCCUCUACACUGAAGGCUGCUCAGUAGUAGAACGUGUGUUUUGUUUCCUCCCAUGAUUUAGGUCCUCUACCUUUAAUCAGUAGCUAAUAAAGCACACAAGCUCCUGCAGCUCC